AUGGCCGCGUCCACCCUGUCUGUUUGCUCCAGCGACCUGAGCUAUGGCAGCCGCGUCUGCCUGCCCGGGGCCUCGGACUCCUUCCCCGACUCCUCCUGGCAGGUGGACGACUGCCCAGAGAGCUGCUGUGAGCCCCCGUGCUGCGCCCCGGCCCCCUGCCUGACCCUCCUGUGCGGCCCCUCCUCCCCCUGCCAGGGAGACUGCUGCACCCCUGCGUGCUGCAAGCCCAUGUGCUGCACCCCUGUGUGCUGCAAGCCCGUGUGCUGCACCCCUGUGUGCUGCAAGCCCGUCUGCUGCACCCCUGCGUGCUGUAAGCCCGUCUGCUGCACCCCUGUCUGCUGCAAGCCCGUCUGCUACACCCCUGUCUGCUGCCAGGACUCCCCCUGCACAACCUCUUCAUGCUGCCAGCUGUCCUGCGGCCCCUCCUCCCCCUGCCAGGGAGACUGCUGCACCCCUGCAUGCUGCAAGCCCGUGUGCUGCACCCCUGCAUGCUGUAAACCCGUCUGCUGCACCCCUGUCUGCUGCAAGCCCGUCUGCUGCACCCCUGCAUGCUGUAAGCCCGUCUGCUGCACCCCUGCAUGCUGUAAGCCCGUCUGCUGCACCCCUGUCUGCUGCCAGGACUCCCCCUGCACAACCUCUUCAUGCUGCCAGCUGUCCUGCGGCCCCUCCUCCCCCUGCCAGGGAGACUGCUGCACCCCUGUGUGCUGCAAGCCCGUGUGCUGCACCCCUGUCUGCUGCGAGGACUCCCCCUGCUCACCCCCCUCCUGCUGCCAGCCCAGCCCCUGCUGCAGACCCUCCUCCUGCGUGUCCCUGCUCUGCCGCCCCGUGUGCCCCCGCCCUGCCUGCUGCGUGCUCGCCUCGGGCCAGUCCUGCUGCUGA